UGUGUGUGCUAUUUUGUCACAAAGACGUUUUGUUCGUGUAAACAAUCAUUUUAUUUCCAAAGAACGGGAGUGGGGGGCGGCCCUGGUCGUCAAAAUAGUUCUAUAAAGAGUUCUAUUUAGGUUUAGUUGUUUAGUUAGUUGUUGUGCGUUGAUUUUACUAAGUUAAUUACGUGAACCUAGUAAUUGUCACAUAUGGAUUAAAUAUUAACGGAGGCUGUGGAGGAUAUAUUCUGAAUGGCUGUUGGAAAUACACCCUCGGGCCGCCAUUCAAGAGAAUUUGGUGUGGAGUAAUUUUUUUAUGUAUCACAGCGAUGUGACAGCCACCCAGAUGUAGCUAAAAAUAUCUGUGACGGUCAGAAGCUGGGGAUGCUGCUGCUGCUGCUGCUGCUGCUGCUGCUGCUGCUGCUGCUGAGAGACACCGCGACAGAACACGAAACGCGUGGGUCUCCUGUCUGCUUGGCAAUGUGCAAGUGACUCAUAUUCUGUUUAAGCAACUGUGAACAGAUGAUGAGGAGUGGAUUGAAAAUAUUGACAUUAAAAAACAAUAUUUAAAAAUGACAGAGAUGAAUGGAUAGACAGACAGACAGACGCUUAUUCGUCUCUUCAUUAAUGCUUGAAUCAAGUAUCAUUUUACAUUUUUGCAGUGGAGUGAAGUGUUUCACUGUUUUGUCUUGUCGUGCGCACCAUGUGGAGGACAAACACACUCCACAGUGGGACGUGUUUCUUUCCCUUACUUCCCUACCCUUUUUUUUUUACACAGAGCCCCGAACCCAUUCACAAACGGCUGGUGUCUUUACACUAACUCCUUGCUACAGCAGUGCGCCAUUGUGCAUGAGCGCAGGCGCAGAGAAAGCGGAGAUGGUGUGAUGGAGUGCGCGUUCGUGCUGAACGCGCUGCUGCUCGGGUUAGUGUGUCCAGCAGCACAGCCUUUCCCCCUGUCCACUGUUCACACUAGAGCUGCUGCACAGAGACCACAGACAGAGCAGGGACAGCAGGAGUGAGCGCAGACAACCAGGCAGCACCAUGCGCUCUCCACUGGCCGUCGUCGCUGCCUCUCAGCCACUCCGCGCACCUGCGCGCUCGUCGCUUGGCUCACUUUUGACGCGCUCUCCUUUUCUCUCCUCUCCUCUGCGUCGCACUUCACACCUGCCCGGCAGCGCAGCGACUACGCGGGGGCUGUGCAGUAAAUGGAUGAUGAUUGCGCCCGUCCUGGGGAACGGACGCAUGGAAUGCACUUUUACUUGAGGACUUUUUAACACAUGGAGAACCCAGCCAGGUACCUGUCGUCGGUGCAGGGGGUCGACUCUGCGCCGGCACGGCUGGCAGAGGCGAUGUGGAACAGCACGGAAACUGAGGCGAAGAGCGACGACGACAAGGACACGGUGGUGGCGCGCACGGUGACCGGCUGCUUGCUGUCCCUGCUGAUCCUGUGGACGCUGUUGGGGAACAUUCUGGUCUGCUCAGCCGUGCUGCGCUUCAGGCAUCUGCGCACCAAAGUUACCAACAUCUUUGUGGUCUCCCUGGCUCUUUCGGACUUAUUCGUCGCCGUGCUCGUGAUGCCUUGGAAAGCCGUGGCGGAGGUGGCGGGCUACUGGCCCUUUGGUACUUUCUGUAACAUCUGGGUCGCCUUUGACAUUAUGUGCUCCACCGCUUCAAUACUCAACCUGUGCGUCAUUAGCGUGGACAGAUACUGGGCCAUCUCGAGCCCGUUCCGCUACGAGAGGAAGAUGACCCAGCGUGUCGCCUUUGUCAUGAUCAGUGUCACCUGGACACUGUCCGUGCUCAUUUCCUUCAUCCCGGUGCAGCUGAACUGGCACAAAGCCGGCGAUGAUGACGCGGCAGGUGCGCAAAACUCCUCCACGCGUGGACACAUGGAGGAGAACUGUGACUCCAGCCUGAGCAGAGAAUAUGCGAUCUCUUCCUCUUUGGUUAGUUUCUACAUUCCCGUGGCUAUUAUGAUUGUGACUUACACCCGCAUUUACCGUAUUGCGCAAAUACAAAUCAGGAGAAUCGCGUCUCUGGAGAGAGCGGCGGAACACGCGCAAAGUUGCAGGAGCAACAGAAUCGAGUGCCAACACCACAACACGCUGAAAACAUCCAUCAAACGGGAAACCAAAGUGUUCAAAACUCUGUCGGUGAUCAUGGGGGUGUUUGUGUGUUGCUGGUUGCCUUUCUUCGUCCUGAACUGCAUGGUCCCUUUCUGCGACAGGCCCGCAUCGGACCGGGACGCGGGCCUGCCGUGCGUCAGCGAGACCACGUUCAACGUGUUCGUGUGGUUCGGAUGGACAAACUCGUCCCUGAACCCCAUCAUCUACGCGUUUAACGCCGAAUUCCGGAAGGCCUUCGCCAGCCUGCUGGGCUGCCGUCACCUCUGCUCCAGCACGCCCGUGGAAACCGUCAACAUCAGCAACGAGCUGGUCUCGUACAAUCAGGACACGCUCAUCCACAAGGAGAUCGUCAACGCGUACGUCAACAUGAUCCCUAAUGUGGUGGAAUGUAUUGACCACGAGGAGACUUUCGACCGCAUCUCGCAGUUGUCGCACAACCACGACAAUGCCACCGACUCUGUAUGUGACCUGGAGGACUGCGAGGCGGACAUUAGUCUGGACCGGAUGUCACCCUUUACGCCCAAUGGAAUACACUGAUUCACAACUUCAUGAUAAUCCCCUCUCACCACCGCACCCCCCUCCCCCGUGCGUAAUUGGAUGUAAUUGAUAAUCAUGCCACCGUUCAUUUAUUCGCUCAGCUCACCGUCACAGAUGCUUCGCUCAUCCUCAUUAUCUUCAUCACCAUCACCGUCAUCUGCAGCAGAAGCCAUUAAUGUAAGAACUGCCGUUAAAUUCAUAACUGCCAAAAAAGUGGAAGUUCAAGCAUUACAUUUACGAAUGCAUGAAAGUAUUCGACUGUGUCACGUGACCUAAUGAGGCUCAUUUAUUUAUUAACCAAAACUAAGAAGGUUUUCAGACCGAGUACUGGAUUGGAUUAGUGAAUUAGUCCUUUCUUAUCGUCUUUUCAAGUGAAAACAAAUAGUGAGUUCAUUUAUAGACAAAGCAAAAACCAACGAUUUAGCACAUUUUCUGCACUUAUUGGAUUAAAUGAUCAAUAAGUCAGUGGGUCAACACGCUUUUCAGGAUAUCCAUUUAGAACAGUGUGCAGAUAAAUUGCAGAACUAAAUUAAAUUCAGCCCGACUCGCCAAUUAUGGGCACAUUAAUAAUGAUAUUGAUUCCAGUGAAUCAAUAUCAUGGCUCUUUCUACUCUAUCUGAGCAAGUCGAGGGCAACUGGACUGUCUUAGUCUCUUGAAGAUGUUUCACCUCUUUAUCCAAGAGGCGUCUUCGAAUCCAACUGAUGGAUGGAAAAAAACCUCUUGUAUUAAAGUGACCACAGCAUGACCCUAAUGGCAGGAUGCUGUGACCCAUGUGACUCACACAACCUCCCUUUCACACACUGACACAGGUGAACACACCUUGAAAAUGACCUCAUGACCUAUGACUCACCACCCACACAUAGAAUCCCACAUUACUGGCUGUUCAGGAAAAACAAAUCUGUCUGCCAUUUGGACCCAGGUUUUGGCCUAACUAGGACUACAGGACCAAUACAACUGCCAACACUGCCACAAGGGGUCCCGAGUAGGCAACAAAAAAAGAACACAAGCACACAAAACAGACGCCGGUUGCUUUCGUGUUUUAGACGUCAUACAUCCCCGUCACAAACUGCCAUUGAUAUAUGACCAACUCAACACUUCUUAACCUGAUGCUAACCUGAGCCUAAAUUUAAUCCUAACAGCUUAAUCUAGAAAAGACGCUCCCUCUCAGUGGGGAGCUGCAAAAUAUCCAAACAACAGUAUUUUACAAAACUGUCCCUCACAAGUAUAGAUAUGUCAGAAAUGCACACACACACACACACACACACACACACACUAAGUCAUUAGUAUUGUUAGAGCGUCAUCACGUCCAAUCAUCCUUACACACUUGCAGAGAUGUAAAGCGUUUGGUUCAUUGCUAUGAGUUUCAUCAGAAAUAUGACAUUGUUUAACGGCGGUGAGAUGAAGCAUGUGACGUCUAAGGUCGAUUAUUGGAGCGAUAAAAAUGUUGAUGGUUGUUGUUGUUAUUAUAUCGGUUCAUCCAAAUAGUCAUUAGUUCUAGCAGAGAUUUUAUAUCACUAUUUAUUACAUUAUUUAAUAAAUGAAAAAUGUUUAUUGAAAAGGUCAUAGGUCAAUGGUAGUUAUUGUGCAACCAUCUUUUGUGAAGACACACAGGCCGUAUGUGAUCUGUUGCCGUGCAAUUUUUAUAAACCACCACAAGGGGGAAAUGAAAUGUUUUUUUGUUUUUUUAAGGCUUCAUCUAUCUUUUUACACGUUCAACAU